GGGCCGGGCCGCUUACUUCCUCCGCCGCGGCGCCGAGCGCGGAGCGGCCCCAGCCAGCCUGCGCCCCGCCGCCCGCCCGCCGCCCCCGGCCCGGCCCGCGCCCGCCUCGCCUCGCCUCGCCUCGCCUGCCCGGCCGGGCGCGCACCGCAGUCCACCCGGCCACUGCAGCCGCCGCCCGGCGGGCCCUGCCGCAGCAGCGCGAUGAAUGAUUUCGGAAUCAAGAAUAUGGACCAGGUGGCCCCUGUGGCUAACAGUUUUCGAGGGACACUCAAGCGCCAGCCAGCCUUCGACACCUUUGAUGGGUCCCUAUUUGCGGUUUUCCCCUCUCUAAAUGAAGAGCAAACACUCCAAGAAGUGCCCACGGGCUUGGAUUCUAUUUCUCAUGACUCUGCCAGCUGUGAGCUGCCUCUGCUGACGCCCUGCAGCAAGGCUGUGAUGAGUCAGGCCUUAACCGCCACCUUCAGCGGCUUCCAGAAGGAGCGGCGGCGUCUUGGCAUUCCAAAGAACCCCUGGCUGUGGAGCGAGCAGCAGGUGUGCCAGUGGCUCCUCUGGGCCGCCAGCGAGUUCAGCCUGGUCAACGUGAACCUGCAGAGGCUCGGCAUGAGCGGCCAGGUGCUGUGUGACCUGGGCAAGGAGCGCUUUCUGGAGCUGGCUCCUGACUUUGUGGGCGACAUUCUCUGGGAGCAUCUGGAGCAGAUGAUCAAAGAAACCCAAGAAAAGACAGAAGAUCAGUACGAAGAAAAUUCACACCUCAAUUCAGUUCCUCAUUGGAUUAACAGCAACACCUUAGGUUUUGGUGUGGAUCAGGCUCAGUUCUCAGUGCAGACACAGAAUUACCCCAAAGGCGGCCUCCUGGACAGCACGUGUCCCUCGUCUGUGGCUCCCAGCGUGCUCAGUUCCGAGCAGGACUUCCAGAUGUUCCCCAAGUCACGGCUCAACACUGUCAGUGUCAACUACUGUCCUGUGGGCCAGGACUUCCCAGGCUCCAGCUUGAAUCUGCUCACCAGCAACUCUGGGACGCCCAAGGACCACGACUCCCCCGAGAGCAGCGGUGACAGCUCCGAGAGCGCGGACUCGCUGCCACGGUGCUGGGGCAGCCAGUCCUCGCUGCUGGACGUGCAGCGGGUGCCCUCCUUCGAGAGCCUGGAGGAGGACUGCGGCCCGGCGCUGUGCCUCCGGACGCCGACCAUGUCUUUCAAGGACUACAUCCAGGAGCGGAGCGAGCCGGCCGAGCAGGGCAAACCGGUCAUACCUGCGGCCGUGCUGGCCGGCUUCACAGGAAGUGGACCCAUCCAGCUGUGGCAGUUUCUCCUGGAAUUGCUUUCAGACAAGUCUUGCCAGUCAUUCAUUAGCUGGACAGGGGACGGAUGGGAGUUUAAGCUUGCUGACCCGGAUGAGGUGGCCCGCCGGUGGGGGAAGAGGAAAAACAAGCCCAAGAUGAACUACGAGAAACUGAGCCGAGGUUUGCGCUACUAUUACGACAAGAACAUCAUCCACAAGACGUCGGGCAAGCGCUACGUGUACCGCUUCGUGUGUGACCUCCAGAACUUGCUGGGGUUCACACCCGAGGAAUUGCACGCCAUCCUGGGCGUCCAGCCGGACACAGAGGACUGAGGUCUCUGGGACCACCCUGAGCCGGCCCGGGCCCGGGACUGUGAGCCGGAAGCCCAGCCUGACCAGCUGCUCCCUGGACCUGGGAGAGGCAAGAUGGAACCUGUUCCUGUCCAGGAAGGUCGCGGAGAAGAAGUGGCCUUAUUUGAUCCCAGAUCCUGCCUCUUUAGCAAGGUGUCCCCUGGUGGCAGAGCGGCCUGCAGCUGGGCAGCGACUUUAAUGGACGUGGUGGAGAUGGUGGCCGGGGGCCACCCUGACUGCGCGUGGCCGUGCGGCGGGGACUCUGUCUGUCCAGGAUCUCCGGGGAGAAGGCAGGUGGGAAGGCAGACAUGGAAAUGACUUGUUGGCCUGUUGCAACCAGGAGCAGCUAAAGGGAAAGCCCUCUGUCCGCGGGCGGGAGGGAGGGGAGCAGUGACCCUGCCAUUUCAGAAGACAGUAUGUGUAUGUUAUUGUAAUCUUAUCAUUGUUAUCGAAAUCUCUGACAGCUCUAUUUAACAGAAAUUGUAUAUUGUAAUUUAAAAUAAUUAUAUAACUGUAUUUGAGAUAAGAAUGCAGACAUCCAAUAUUUUAUUCCAUUUUGUUUUCAGUAGCACACGCAUCUGGCAUUUUACAAAGGUCUUCUCUGCCCACGCAGCAGACUGAGGAGUUGUGUGUGUUAUUUUCAUCUAAUAUACCUACAGGAACAAGGUCUAAGGGGUCGUCCCUGGGUUUUGUUUUUUUGUUCGUUUGGUUUUGGUUUUGCCAUGAUGACUAUCUGGCAAGGACUUUGUAUACCUGGAUUUUUAUAAGAAACUUAACGUUAUUAUCUGGGGUACAUCUGACCUCUCUGCUUUCUCCUUUCAUUGUAAAGUAAAAGCUAUAAAGCAGUAUUUUUCUUGACAAAUGGUAUAUGUUUUCCACUUCUAUGCAUGCCUUACAGCCGUUUAUAUACAAAUGUACUUUAUUUUUUGGUGUAACCGUGUUUUCCCGACAGCUCGCCUCUCCUGGCCAAACUUCCUUCCUGUGCCCCGAGUUAUUCUGUGUGAUUAAAAUAAGAAUACUAUUUUUGGAAAUAUGCGACUCCUUUUCAGAGAUCAGGAGGGAUUUAUGUAGCAGCUAUUUUUACUGCAAAAGUAAUUCACUGGAAAAAAAUGUAAUUUGUACGAAAGCUUUAUUUUUAUCUCAGCUCCUUGUAACAGACUGUGCGGAGCUGAAGGGGCGGGGUGGGCUGGGAGGGGCUUCUGUAAACUUUGAAUGCAGUGAAGCAUGCGCCAUCGAUCGGUCACCUGCCGUACCUUGGACCAUCUGGAUAGUAUGCUUUCCUUUCUGCUCAGUGUCCUCAGCAAGAUUGUUUCUUCAUUCUUUAUUAUUUUCUUGGGCAUGGAAUACCCAGAAGCAGACAGAAAAGAAUGCGCUGGAAUGGAUCAUCGGAGGAAAAUGUUUUGACCCCGUCUCAGACCUCAGGUCUGCCGUAUAGUCCUGGCCUUUUUGAGUGAACCAGCUAAAUUGACUUCAGAGUCAGAAAGACUUUCCUAGCAGUGGCCUUGGACCAGUGGGUGACAUCCCUGAAGCAUCAGCAUAUGAUGAAAUCAUGGGACAGGCACAGAGUGAGAUGGGGCCGGAAAAGCCAGCCCUGUGACAAACGCUCAGAAGAGACGGUUUUCAGGAUGCUUACGCAUGGGAUGUUUUUAAGUGGAACCUAUUUGUCACUGGGACACCUGUUUAUAAUAUAAACAGACGUGACUAGAAACAUCUUGCUGCGAAAGAAAUCCUAGCCAUCGGCUCGAUUUAAAUGAGGUUGAGCUACGUGAAAUGGCCAGUCUCAGACUGGUGUUUAUCAGCAGAGCCGGGUAGUUUCAUGUGGGUCAGCCAAAGGGUUACGGAAAUGAGCAGCCUUUGGCAUGGUAAUGAAUGAACUUUAAGUAUAAAAGUUUUGCAAUUUGGCUUUUUCUUUCUCAAGUAAUAAAGUAUUUGGUUUAUGUCAAGG